GCGCCAAGGCGAGAGCGUGCGCGCCGACGGCUUGGCGCUGCUGCUGGUCUUGCGCUGGAGCCAAGCAGGGCGUCUGGGUGCGAGGCUGCGCGCGAGUGGCUCUCAGUGCCGCAGGAGAUGCGCCUCCCCGGCUUUUAAACCCCCUUUCCCGUCCCCCCCACCCCCAGAGGCGCCCGCCAAGAUGACGGUCGAGUUCGAGGAAUGCAUCAAAGAUUCGCCCCGAUUCCGGGCGACCAUAGAUGAGGUAGAAACGGAUGUUGUGGAAAUCGAAGCCAAGCUUGACAAGCUGGUGAAGCUAUGCAGCAACAUGAUAGAUGCCGGGAAGGCCUACAUCAUCACCAACAAGCAUUUUGUCGGCGGGGUCCGGGACCUAUCGCAGCAAUGCAAAAAAGAUGAAAUGAUCUCGGAAUGCCUGGACAAGUUUGGAGACAGCCUGCAGGAGAUGGUCAACUACCACAUGAUCCUCUUUGACCAAGCCCAGAGGGCUGUCCGGCAACAGUUGCACAAUUUUGUGAAAGAUGACGUCCGGAAAUUCAAGGAGACCAAGAAGCAGUUUGACAAGGUGCGAGAAGACAUGGAGAUCGCCUUGGUCAAGAACGCCCAAGCCCCACGGCACAAACCCCACGAGGUUGAAGAGGCCACCGGCACUCUGACAAUCACCCGGAAAUGCUUCCGCCACUUAGCCCUCGACUAUGUCUUACAGAUCAAUGUCCUCCAAGCCAAGAAGAAAUUUGAAAUUCUGGAUGCGAUGCUGUCCUUUAUGCAAGCCCAGUACACCUUUUUCCAGCAAGGCUACAGCCUCCUUCACGAACUGGACCCCUAUAUGAAGAAGCUGGCUACCGAGCUGGACCAGUUGGUAAUCGACUCCGCUGUGGAGAAGAGGGAAAUGGAGCACAAGCAUGCACUUAUUCAGCAACGGACUCUUUUGCAGGACUUUUCCUACGAUGACUCCAAAGUGGAAUUCAAUGUCGAUGCACCCAAUGGAGUGGUGAUGGAAGGGUACCUCUUCAAGAGAGCAAGCAACGCCUUCAAGACCUGGAACCGGCGAUGGUUCUCCAUACAGAACAGCCAGCUGGUGUACCAGAAGAAGCUAAAGGAUGGCUUCACGGUGGUGGUAGAAGACCUCAGGCUUUGCACCGUCAAGCCCUGUGAAGACAUAGAGAGGAGGUUUUGCUUUGAAGUCGUCUCCCCCACCAAGAGCUGCAUGCUGCAGGCGGAUUCGGAGAAACUGCGCCAGGCCUGGAUCCAGGCGGUUCAAGCCAGCAUAGCCUCUGCCUAUCGAGAGAGUCCCGACAGCUGCUAUAUUGAACGACUGGACAGAACGGCCUCCCCUUCCACCAGCAGCAUCGACUCGGCUACUGACUUGCGGGACCGCAGUGCCAAAGGCGAGACCAUCCUGCAGAGGGUACAAAGCAUCCCGGGCAACGACCAGUGCUGUGACUGCGGGCAGGCUGAUCCCCGUUGGGCUAGCAUCAACUUGGGCAUCUUACUAUGCAUUGAAUGUUCAGGGAUACACAGGAGUUUGGGGGUUCACUGCUCCAAAGUGCGGUCGCUCACGCUGGAUUCCUGGGAGCCAGAGUUACUGAAGCUGAUGUGUGAGCUGGGAAACGCCACCAUGAAUCAGAUCUACGAGGCGCGUUGUGAGGAGAUGGGACUCCAGAAACCCACCGCGGGCAGUUCAAGGCAAGACAAAGAAGCUUGGAUCAAAGUGAAAUACGUGGAGAAGAAGUUCCUGAAAAAACUGCCGACCGGGGAAGCCCUGGCAGAGAAUGAACGGAAACCCCGGCGCUGGAGUGUGAAAAAGUGCCAGAGGCGUAACAGCUCCACAAAAGCUCCCGCAGCACGGAGGAAGUACCGGCACGAGGCUGGAAAUGCAUCACCGGCCGCUCACUCUUCAGCCGCCACCCUUGAGAGGAAGUUCCGACGGGAUUCCCUCUUCUGCCCCGACGAGCUGGACUCGCUUUUCUCCUACUUCGACACAGGCGCUGGGGCCGGGCCACGCAGUCUCAGCAGCGACAGCGGGCUGGGUGGGAGUACUGAUGGUAGCACCGACGUCCUGGUGUUUGGCUCGGUGGUGGACAGCGUCACGGAGGAAGAGUGCGAAGUUUCGGAAGAAUCCAGUGGAGAAGCCGAAAUCGAGCAAGAGGCCUCCGACUUGGAGGACUUGCGGGAGCUGCACCCUGGCUUGCUGGUGUACAAGGCUUCGCGGGCCAGGAACUUACCUGUGAUGGCAGGGGCCCUGGCGCACAGCGCUGAUGUCAACUGGGUGAACGACGAGGACGAGAGCAAAACCCCGUUGAUCCAAGCUGUGAUGGGGGGCUCCUUGAUAGCUUGCGAAUUCUUGCUCCAGAACGGAGCGGAUGUUAACCAAAGAGAUACCCGAGGGCGCGCACCUCUGCAUCACGCUACAUAUUUGGGUCACACUGGCCAGGUCUGCUUGUUCCUAAAGAGGGGAGCCAACCAGCACGCGGCUGACGAGGACGGGCAGGACCCUCUGAGCAUCGCGGUCAAGGCUGCUAACGCGGACAUUGUAACCUUGCUGCGUCUGGCUCGAAUGAACGAAGAGAUGCGAGAAGCCGAGGGCGCUUUUGGUCAUCCAGGUCAAUAUCCCAGCAACAGCCCCACAGAGCUCCAAUACAGGAAAUGUAUACAGGAAUUCAUCAGCCUUAACAUAGAUGAGUGUUAGUGACGACUCCCGCAACCCCUGAUGCCUCCUCCUCCUCCUUUUUUGGGUCGAAAUUUAAGGAUGCUGACUGAGCAUCCAGGAAAGAAAGAAACAGAAACAAAAACUGUAGACGUGUCUCGGGGGGGGGAUUGGUUUGGCGGGGAGGGCUUGCUGAUGGAAGGUUUCCGUUUGGAAAGCUAAGAGUGGACAGGCCUGAAGGCUGCACGGAAGGAGAGAGCGAGAGACUGAGAGAGCAUAUGGGCAAGAACCCUUAAAAUAAAUAUAUGUAAAGAACAAAAUUCUGGCUCCAGAGGUGGGUUCCGGUUUUUAGGCGUACACAAGAGUGGAUCAGGGCUGAAACACAAAUUCCAUCAUGCAGUUACAAGGGAUGAAGUACCAUCUAAGAGAAUAAGCCCCCCCCCUUUUUUUUUAAAUAGAAGCCGGUUAUUUAAUUUAUUUUUGUUUAAACCCCUUCACCAGGAAUAAAAGCAGGAUUCAUAGGUACAUAGGAAGCUACCUUCAACAGAGUCAGACUGUUGGUCCAUCUAGCUCAGUAUUGUUUACACAGACUGGCAGCAGCUUUCCAGGGUUUACAGGCAGGGGACAUUCCCAGCACUACCUGGAGAUGCUGGAGAUUGAAUCUGGGACCUUCUGCAAGCAAGGCGGAUGAGCUAGGGGGCUUCCCCAGUUGAGAAGGUUUUUGCAGAGAGAAGAGGAAAUUGUACAUAAACAUAACAAGUGAGCCCAGAUUUGAAAGAGGCAUAUUCCUUCUCUCUCUCUCUCUCUCUCUCUCUCUUUCCAACGGCAUUGGCCAUCAGCUUGUGACAGGAUUCCAGAUGAGUUGUGCUGAUCAACACACGUGUGCACACACACACACACACACACACACACACAGCAGCCAGUGGGUUUGGGGUGGAACACACAACUUCUGUACAGAGCAGGCUUUGUUGGGGCUUUAGCGGGCCUGCUGGUGGAUCUGUUUGCUGUGUCCUUUGCAUGCGCUGCAGUUCUUUGGAUCGAGAGGCAUGGCCGCCCAUCUCACAUGCUCUCAGGUUAAUGCCGGCAAAGGCUUUCCUCUGGUUUUGUUUUGCUUUGUUUUCCUGUGUGUGUGGGAAAUCAACAGGGAGGUAAGCUUAGCUGGUCAAAGCCAUAACUCAGCCAUUUCCAAGAUGAGGGCGCAAUCCUUGGAGGGCGAAGACAAAUGUAACAUAUGUAAGACAGUGGGGAUGGUUUGGAAGCACCCUCACUGUGUUUGGUUUCGGUGCAAACCAUACCUUCUUCGGCGUUGAACUCUGUGGGGGUGUUGCUGUGCAGCAAACACCAGUUUCUGGGGGGGGGGGAACACCAAUUGUGAAUGGCACCAAUUGGCUAGUAUCUGUAUUGUGAACGAGACACUUCCAGUCCUGAUCCUCAGAGCAGUUUUGCAACUUUUUUUAAAAAAAAGAAUGUUUCUUUGUAAAGGAUGGAGGUAUGAAUGAAUAAAUCAAAGCUGGCCUGUUGGUAGCCAUACUAUAAAUGACUUUGGUUCAGUUCUCACUGAGGAGGUCAACUUGUGUCUGGGCUGUACCUCUUCUGACGGUUGAUGGGGGUUCAUGUAAUGGAACGCUCCUCCAUACCAAAUGUCAUGCAGAUGGAAAACUGGCAUGUCAGGGUAGUUUUUAGCUUAGCUUUCUUCCUGAUAUGCUAGCUUUCUGUGUGCAGGGAAAUAGUUUUUAAAUUAUUGUUGUUGCUAUUAUUAUUAUUAUUAUUUAUUAUUAAAUGGACAAGCAUGUGUCUGGUGUUUUUUUAAAUGGCCCACAAGGUAGACAGCCUUCCUGAAGAAUGUGCGGUGCAGAAAAAACAGACAGCUCACUCAACUUGAUAAGGCUUGCAUCCAUUGUGACUCCAGGAAUAAGCUCGGCUCACGCUGCCAGCAACGAUCCCCACUGUGAUUUCUCUUGAAAUCGUACAUCUGUCUUCACCCUUCAAAUAUUAUGUCUGUCUUCACCCUUAGACUUACCAAAGUGGUGAUGCUUGGAAGAAGAUGCUCGUCGCCGGCGAUGAGUUUUUGAUUUUUUUUUUUUUUUAAGGAAGAAAAACACACAAACACACCCAGGGAGAAUUGUAAAGUCACUCCUAGCUAGCUUUCUGAGGCAACAAUUAACUGGAACACAUAAGGGGUGUGUGGGUGGGUUUGUAUUCCUAAGUCACUACGGAUUUCCUACUCAACAAUUUUUUGGAGAAAGGGGAUUUCUUCUUUGCAUGCUCACCCUUACAAAGACUGUGGUUCGUUCUCUCCCUGAUGCAUGUCAGCAGAGGGCUCAGCAAAUCCAGAUUUCUUGGGUUCUGGGAUA